GCCGCAGCAGAAGCCGCGGCGGCCGGGGCCGCAGCGGCAGCGGCAGCAGGAGCCCCAGCAGGAGCCGGCGCAGGAAGCGGCGACGGAGGAAGCGCCGCCGAAGCGGCAGCGGGAAGCGCCGCCGCGGCCGCCGGCGCGAGCGGAGAGGCAGGCGGAGGAGGAAGCGCUCACGCUCUCGCUCGCGCAGCUCGGGCUCCCGCUCCGGCAGCUCCACUGGCUCCGUG